AUGAUUUCUUCUGAGAAUGAGAACAUUGAGGAGAUAAAGCACAGACUUCUCUGCACCAAGCUUGAACUGAUAACAGCAAGAAUGGAAGCCAAUGCUGAGAUAAAGAAAUAUGAUGAAACCGUGAAACGACUAUAUAAACUACUAAAGAAAGUUUGCCAAGAAAGAGAUGAAGCGAGAGACCAACUUCAAUUGCUACUACGAAAUUUGCAAGCAUCUACCCCAGCUGAGACAAGCAGUACUCCACAAGUUGAUCAUCCUAAUUGCCAUGCAUUCCUCCCAUCAACGAAUGGCUCCAAGGCGUCAGAAACAAGUUCCAAAGCGUUCUCAAAUCAUUCAUAUGAUUUAUCCUUGUCAACCCCUCAGUCAAAGGAGAAACAUUCCUCUAUGGGUUUAUCUCACACAAGAAUAGCUGAAUCAAGCAACUUGACACUACCAAAGCAACCAAAUCAUCAAAACAAAGGAGAGACAACAAAGGCAGGUACAGGUGCUUCAGGAGAUAACGUGGUUGAUAGUGCUUCUCUAGUGAUUAAUAAACUUGUUUGUGGGAAACCCUUGCCUAAAAAAGGUAGAUUGUUACAAACUGUAACAGAAGUUGGACCUUUGCUUAACACACUUCUAGUUGCCCCUCUUCCAAAGUGGCAAAAUCCUCCUACCAAUAACUCUUCUACCGAUACUGAAGAAAAGGCAGGUGUUAACCCAAAUGGAUUCAUUCCAACUUCUCUAAGUUUGGCAUUUCCUGGGAAUUCUCAUGGACCUUCUCAGAUGUCUUCUGCAUCCGGCUUUGGCUUAUCAGUGAAGAAUGAACCAGUGUCAUAUGUGGAUAUGGAUUCCAAUAGGAUGCACGGUCAUGUAUUGACUGCAAAAAAGAGAAAGCUUUUGUAA